AUGACUUCCUCCCCAUCUACAGUCCUCAUCAUUGGCGCGAGCCGCGGCAUUGGACUUCAACUGGUUGAGAAAAGUCUGGCCAAGCAUCCCAAUGCAGUGAUUUAUGCAACAGCCAGGAAACCCGCAACCGCUAUUGAUCUUCAAAAGCUGCACAAGGUCCAUCCCAACCGGAUGCACAUCCUUCAAGUGGAUGUUACCGAUGCUUCCUCUAUCAAGCAGCUGAAGGAGGCUGUUUCCCAGACAACUUCAACUUUAGACCAAGUCAUCUACAAUGCUGGCGUCCUCAAGGGCCUCGCACCCCUGACUGCAGUCGGACUGGAUGGCUUGAAAGAGAACCUGAUGGUCAACCUGUUUGGUGCUUAUGCUUGCGCCAUGGAGUUCCUCCCCUUUGUUGAGCGGUCUACUUAUGCCAAGAAGGUCUUGACAUUCAUUGGAAGUAGUUUUGGAUCCAUCACUACUUACAAGGAGAACUUUGACAUGCACAACAUGGUCUUCGGCACAAGUGGCGUGAAUGUGACCGCUGCAUACGACAUCUCCAAGACUGCCGUGGAGCGACUUGCCUUUGAGCUUGAUUUGGAGCUUCGCUCCAAGGGUGUUCCAGUGCUUCUCAUCCAUCCCGGUCUUCCCAAGACUGAUAUGAAUCCCAUGGGUAAUAUCACCGUCGAUGAUAGCGCAGCUGGAGUCAUCAAUGUUAUUGGAGACUAUACUGCGGAUCGCGAGGAAAGAUUCCUUGAUUAUGAGGGAAAGGCCGUUCCUCUGUAA